GCUAAUGUACUAUUUUUCUUUUUGUUAAAUGAAAUGAUGCUUCGUUUAUAUUUAUGUGUAAAUGUUUGUCAUUUUUAUUGUAAGUUUAAUACAAAUUUAUAUUUGAUAUAUAGGCACACAUUCAAGAAAUGAAUAAUUUUGGGGAGUUACGUAAUUUCUUUUUGUUCAAAUAAAAAUUUUUAAAAUGGAUCUAUGAUGUAAACCGAACAAUGUGCAUUGCAUUGCGAACGUACACGAACGUACUUCAAAUGAGAAAAAAAAGUGAUCAGAAUUAAUCUUUAAAUCCUAGUUGAAUAAGUAUGGCAAUUUCAUAAUCGGCUGACAUUACAAUAACUAUAGACAUGAUAAUGUAAGUGGUUAAUUGUUUAUCGCACGUACGAAGUAUUUGGCAUAAUAUAUGCGCUAACACGCGUUGGUUAAAAUAUCCGUAAUGCGCAAGUCGCAUAAUAAAUACAUAGCCUGUAUUAUCACCGUGUCCUCGCUGCGUAGAUGGACGAUUAUCUCGAUAAUUGAUAUGAAAGAAUUGAAGGAGAAAGGAUGCAUGAAGUCAAAUUUCUGAUGAACGUGGAAACAAAUAAAACAUAAACCGAGAAAAUGAGCUGGUUACGAAGUAGCCCCUUGAGAACUAGUUUUAGCAAGCAACGUUCAAGAGACUCUCCACCGAAAGAUGCUGACCCGUCAGCUUGUUAUGACAGCUUCUGUAAACAUUGGCAACAAGUGUACGAAAUCAUUUUACGUACAUCUCCACCCAAAGGAAUAUGUAAUCAAGAUGAUGUUCUUGGAGUUGUUAAUCAUGUAGAUCAGAUGGUAACGCUUUUAGUUUUAGAAUUGCGUGAUUUUAACUUUUACAAUAACUAUAGACAAUCUACAACAGCAACUCACUCCCCUUGUUUGGAAUAUUUAUUAAGUGAAAAUCUUCUUGUCAAACUUUAUGAUUGGAAUAAAUAUAGUGGAAGAUAUAAUAAUGCUGUUCGACUGGAACAGUUAAAACUAUAUGAACUUUUGGUAUCACAUAGCGGUAAUCUUCUUGCCCAUGAACCAGUUGCCAGACCAUUGUUACGAUUACUUGAAGAUUGUGCAAAUGAUAUUAUGCCAUUAGAAGUAGAAGGAAAAUUAGUAGUGUUAUUAAACCAAUUAUGUGUUGCCCUAAUGCAAAAUAUGGCAUUACUUGAUCUAUUUUUCCAUUCAACAGCAAUAGGAAAAAACAAAUUUAUUAUUUUUACAUUAUUGAUACCGUAUGUGCAUAGAGAAGCUGGAGUAGGACAACAAGCACGUGAUUCCAUGUUACUUUGCAUGUCUUUAUCAAAAAAAAAUGAUGAAGUUGGCUUAUAUAUUGCUGAUCAUUCUAACAUAUGUCCUGUAUUAGCUACUGGUUUAAGUGGGCUAUAUUCAUUACUACCAAGGAAAUUAGAUAUUGAAACAGAUGAUUGGCAUCGAUUAACACCAGAUGAUGUUAACGAUUUACCAGCAUUAAUGCACUUAAUGAAUUCUUUAGACUUUUGUAACGCUGUCGCACAAGUCGCACAUCCUUUAGUACAAAAACAGUUACUUGAAUUUUUAUAUCAUGGCUUUUUGGUACCUGUGAUGGGACCAGCUUUGUUACAGACAACAGUGGAUGAAUUAGUUGCAGCUACAGCUUAUUUUGAUUUAUUUCUCCGUUCUGUAACUGAACCUGGGCUGUUGCGUUCGUUCGUUAGAUUUUUACUUGAAGAUAAUUAUGAUGAAUGCAGAAUAUUGGAUAGUCUUAUUCAAAGGAUAUCUUCUAGAUCACGGUUAUGUAUAGUAACAUUGGGACUAUUUGAAACUUUGGUCAAUUUAAAUUGUGAAGAUAUUAUGUUGGAAUUGUGUCUAGGUGCAUUAAGUCCUUGUUCUCAUGUAAUGCUUUCUCAACGUAGAAGAUUAAGAGAUAUAGAUCCUUUUGGACGUGCAGCUGAAAAAUUUCUGUCUUUGACGCCAACUUGUUGUUCACCAUUCACAUCUAUAAAUUCUCAAUUCAAUUCGUUACCUAACAAUGCAACAUAUGAAAAAUAUUCAAGCGCUGCAUCUGAAUCCUUGAAAUCAUUGCCAGCAUCUAUAAAUUAUGGUGUUAGAUUAUCAGAUAGCCUUUAUGGAAAUUAUCAUGCAUAUUUAUGUGAUGCUCGACAAAAAAUAAGAGCUUGCCGUAUUGCCUGUUCUAAUUGGUCAUAUCAAUAUAAUGGAGAAUUACCAAAAGAUAGUACUACUAGCAGUGCAACUACUUUAAUAGAUGACAAUAUGUUAUUAGAUCAAUCUCAAAAGAAAACUGAAACAAACAAAGCUUUGUCAUUAGAAACAUUAAAGCAAUCUGCACUUUUUAAUGAAAGUAAUGAAAACUCAUCAAUAGAUAAUAUGUUAAUUAAUAUUCAAUCUUUGUUGGAUGGAAAAGAUUUAAAUGCAAUAGAGAAAAAUGUAAAGAUAGAACCUCUUGCGGCAACAGGUAUAGAAUUAUCAUUAGAAGAACAAGCAAAAUUAGAUGCGGAUAUUGCUGAAUUGUUAAAUGAAGAUAUUGGAAUAUCAAACUCUCCUAAAGAAAUAUCAUUAAUAGAUAAAAAGGAGUUUGAUAGCGGUAUUGACGAUUCAAACACUACUAUGAAUUCACUUUUAUCAUUGGGAGAAAGUAGCGGCUAUGAAAGCUUCGCAUUUAAAGGUUCAUCGCAAUCAACUCCAGAUAACGAACCUAGCGAAGAUCGAAUAAGCGAACACGACGAAAUAGAAAUUGAAUCGAACAAAGAACAAAGUAUAUUUCUUCAUAGCAUCAUAGAAUCAAAUUCAAUUACACCAGAAGAAUUGACAGUGAAUAAACAGAGUAAAGAAAAUUAUCGUCAAGAUGUAUUUAAUGGACAACCAAAUGUCGGUAUAUUUUUGGACGUUCUUUUACGAAAACUCGAAUGUAUGACAAGUAAUAAUUUAUAUGUUAAUUUACAUUUAACUGGUCUUAUCAGUAGAUUGGCAAUAUAUCCACAGCCCUUGUUGCAAUCAUUUCUUUUAAAUCAUUCCCUAGUAUUUCAACCCAGUAUUAGAUCACUUUUUCAGGUACUUGCCUCUUUAAAACAUAAAAUAGACCAAUUUCUUUCCCAACACAAUAAUGUGGAUAUAUUGGUCGAACAAGCACGACUAUUUUUAAUUAAUCGCGAAGAUAAAUUAGUGAAUGCAAGGAAAAAUGUAUUAGAAGCUGCUGCUCAUUCUGCGCCUACUAAAAGAAAUUCUUUAAGUGGAGAAUCAUUUUCGAGAGGUGAAAAUAAGAGAUGGAGUUUGACAUCAUCUUUUACACAAAUGCUUAAAAGAUCAAGUGGUAGUUCUGGUCCAAGUAGUUUAAUUAAUACUGUUAAUCAAUCAACUGGUAUGUCUGAAAAUCAAUUAGAAGCUAUUGGUCAUGGUUCUGGAUACCGGUAUUAUAUAAAAACGUCCUGGGAAUCCCCAAAUGAAGUAAGUCCAAUACAAAAUGUGGUCUUAUGUGCAGUUGUUUUAGAUGAAUGGCUAAAAGAGUUAGCCGCUAUUACACAAGAACAUGCCAUUAUAUCUCUUACAAAUAAUCUGGAAUUUAAAGUUUAAUGUGUAAGACGACUGAAGUACACAAAUUAAAAUUCAGUUAACAAUAGAGUAAUUCUAUUCAAAAUAUUAUUUCCUUCUUACAGGGUUUAAUAAAAUAAUAUGUGAUACUGCUAGACUUAUAUGUAUUAAACCAUAUUGUAGAGUUUAAAACGUUUAUCUGAAGUUAUUGAAGAGAAUAUAAAAAUAUUAUAGAAAAUAUUGCUAUAGAUAUUAAAGUAAUAGUAGUUUUUUUUUAUUUUAUAAAUAUAGAUAGACAAAUUAGGAAAUAAUAUCAAAACUUAUAGAUUUAUACAUUUUUAUUGAUGUUAUCCGUUUUAGAUGCUAGUAAUUUUAGAAUUAUGUUAAAAAAAAAUAUACAAAAGUUUUAUUGAAAAAAAAAUAUACAAAAGUUUUAUUGAAAUAAGUUUUUCUUGAAUAUUGAUAUUUAAACAGUAUCAGCCGAAUUUAUCAUGAAGACUGGCAUUUAGAGCAAUUUCCUAUACAAUCCUAUAUAUAUUAUAUUAAUAAAUUAUUUAUGUAAUAACUUUUUACUAUAUAUGCUACAGUUGAUUCAAUUUAUUUGAAAUUAUAUUUGAAUAUAUUUAAUGUAUUUAAAUAUAUUAUAUAUAUAAUGUAUUUAAAUAUAUAAUAUAUAUAUAUUAUAUAUAUAUAUACACAAAAUUAAAAAAAGUGCCAAAUUAUUACUUUAAUAUAUUGCAUAAUAUAAUUUAUACUUUGGAAAUUGUUCCAAAUGUUUUUAAAAUUUAAUGCAAUUAAUUAAAUAUCAUUAUGACAAAUUAAUUUUAUUUUAAAAAUGAAUACAGUAUAUUGGCACAUUUGUAAAUUUUACUUUGAUUAAUAAUGGAUAAUAAUUGCGCCUGUUCUUAUUGUACUUAAUUUAAUGUAUGGUUAUAAAAUCAUAAUAUAUAUCCUGAAAUAUGGUUUAAAAACUUAGUAGCACAAAAUAUUAUAUAAAUAUAAAAUUGUAUGUUUCAAAUUUCUAAAUAUUGUUAGAUAAAGUUGUAAAUCAAAAGCUAACUGAAAUUAACAAUUCAUCUGUCUUAUAGUAACUUUAUCCUAUAUUUUCACUUUUGCUACUGUAAUAUUAAAUAUAAAAAAUAUUUUAUUAUGUAGUUUUGUAUUGAUUAAAAUAUACGAAAAAUACUUGAAAUUAAAAUAUAAUUGUCAAAAUUUUAUAAUAUUUUAAAUGAAAUAUUAGCACAAUAUUUAUUUUAAUAACGGAAGAUAUAUUGAUACUUGCCAAUAAUGCAAAUUAUUGCACAACUAUAAAAUAUUUACUUAUAUAUAAAUAAUAUAUCAAAAUUCAAUUAUUAAAGUAGCUCAAUUUUUAUCAACAAAUAGUGAAAUAAGUAUUAAUAUAUGAGUACAAUUACCAAUAGAUUAUGGUAGUUAAGAAACAGUUAAUAAUAAUGAAAAUGCAAUAUGAGUAUUGGUUAAAAUAUAACUAUAUGUAUGUUCUAUUUAUUGUUGAAAAUUACUAUAUUUUUUUAUUAUUUUAAAACUGGUAUUUAAUAUAAAAUAUUUAUUGCAAUGUGAUAUUAUAUUAGCUUAUUGGAAAACUGUCUUUAUUAAAAUAGUUCAGAUUUUUUUUUUCAAAUUUAGUUAAAAAUUAUUAACAAUUUUGAAUCAAUAGAAUUAAGUGUGCUUCAAAUGUUUAAAUAUAAUGUAUGUUAUAAUAAUAUUAUUUUGUAUAACUUACAAAUACAAAUUAUAUCAAAUUUUACAGCAUUAUAAUAUUAAUAACUUAAUAAUGGAAUAAUUUUUUAUAUAAAAAAUGUUUUAAUGCAUGUUUCAAUUUAUUCAAAAUUUCAUUAUCGAUGUACUUUACAUAUCUUUAUCGAAGACAUACAGUAUAUAUUAUUUUCAAAUAUAUACUUGCCAAUUUAUUACAAAUGAUGUUUAAUAUUUAAUAAGAUUUUAUCAUUUAUUUUGUUGUUAUAUUUAAUAUUUACGUAACAAAAUAGAUUAUGGCAAUGAUACAAGAAUUCUUCUACUUUAGAAUUACAUAUGAUAGUAUUUUUAAAUAUUUAAGAUCAUAAUUUUUCUCAUAUUUAUACUUCUGUAAUUUUAUACUUCUAAUUAUAUUGUCAAUUUUCUUAAAAAGCAUAUCAAUUAAAAAAAAAAAUUAUGACAAAUUAACUACAUUUUAUAGUUAUUUUACAUAAAUAAAACCAAUUUCUGUUUAAUUAAAGAUAUACUAUAUUUUAUUAUGAUUUGUUAUAAUAACUUACAAGGAGAUUUUUAUUUGUUAUAUAUUGAUUUGUACUUUUAAUGAGACAGCUAUGUAUUAUUAUUAUCAAUCUAUAUAAAUUAUAUAAAAUUUAAUAUAUAUAUUCAAACUUUGGAAAUUUAAUAUCUUAAUUACAUAACUAUAUACUAAAAAUGUAACAUGAAAUACGAUGUACAUUAUUGUAUUACAUAGAAAAUCUUUUAAUAAAAACAGAUACCGAAAAAUCAACCAAAUAAAUUUUUUGUGAAAAAACUUGUAUAUAUAUAUAUAUAUAUAUAUAUAUAUAUAUAUAUUCUCUAAGAUUAUUUAUUAAUUUUUAAGAUUUUACAUAUGUUUCAAAAAUAUAUUUUGAAAGGUAAUACAUACUUAUAAUUAGAUAUUAAAUACUAUAAAAACAAAAAUUUUCAUUUUUAUUAAUUAUUGGUGUUAUGUUUUAUUUUUUCCUAUUUAAAUUUCAUUAAAAAUACAUAAUAUUAAUUAAAUUAAUAUAGAAUUGAUUGAAAAUAAAUGCACUUUGCUAUUUUAAAUAACAUAAAAGUACAUUAAUUUUAAAUAUAUAUAUAUAUAAUACAAAUAAAAAUGAUUCAAAAAUUUUUUUUUAGAUACUUCAUCAAUAUUAAAUGUUGAGAAAAAUAAAGUAAUAAAAAUCAAUUCUUUUAUAAACAAAUUUUUUAGUAUUUAUAAAUUUCCAAUUAAAUUACCAUAUUAAUUUAACAAAUACAAAUAUCUAUAGAAUAUAAAUAUUCUAUUUUUUUUUUAGAAUGUAAAAUUAACAAUAUAG